GUGGAUCGGAUCGGGGGAGACGAGGCUCCCCGCGAGGCCGCGACCUCCCUGCCGCCGCCGGCCGCGGCCUCCGGCCGUCCCAGCCGCCGGCUGCCCCCUCCAGCCCGCUCUGCCUCCGGCCGGCGCCCCCUCCGGCCGCCCCACUCCGGCCGCCCCCUCCGGCCCGCCCCCCUCCGGCGCCCCAAAGUCCAGGAAGCCGCCGCCGUCAGCCAUUGCCGCCACCAAGCUCGAUCUCGCCGCUGAGCUCUCUCCCCCGCCCUUCCUCGCCGCCAAUAGACCCCCCAGCCACCUUCCUUGUGCCUCGACGAAGCUCCCCGACCCGCUCGCCUCCGCCCAGAUCGCCGGUGCACCGCUGCCGCGGCUUGCCGUCGCCGCCGCCCGCCUCCCGCCGUGGGCGACCUCUCUCCGGGCGCCUCCAGCCCCGUCCGAGCGCACAAACGGGUAGAGUUCGGUCUCCUCUUGCUCCCCCACCCCUUUCCCCUGGCCGCCGGCGAGGGAGCUCGCCGGAUUUCGCCGGAUUCCGCCCGCCCCCUUCUUCAACCUCCGUCCAGGGACCCUUCUCAACUAACGCACGCACUGCCGCUUGCUCCGCCCCCAAGAGAUCUCGCCCUCUCCGCUCCUCUGCGGCUGGGAAGAAAUGGAGGUGCUCUGCAUCGGGACGGCGGAUACCAAGCUGGAGGAGCUCCUCUUCCUCGCCGCCAGACUCCACUCCGCCCUUGCCGCCGCUGGCUCUGACCCCAAGGUUCAAGUGAGCAUAGUGGAUGUCUCCACAACUGAAAAGACAGCACAGGAUCUUAAAGACGUCACAUUUAUCCCGAGAAAUACAGUUCUUUCAUGUCUAUUGGAUGUUGACCAACAUAAUCUUCCAGAUGACAGAGGCGAAGCAAUAUCACUCGUGUCAAAGGCUCUUCAGAGUUUUCUGAAAAAAAGAUAUGAUAGUGGUAUGCUGGUGGGUGCUGUUGGUUUAGGAGGAAGUGGAGGAACAGCACUAAUUGCUCCUGCUCUGAGAUCAUUGCCACUUGGAGUGCCUAAGCUUAUUGUAUCUACUGUUGCUAGUGGUCACACGGCGCCUUAUGUUGGAACAUCUGACUUGGUAUUGUUUCCUUCAGUUGUUGACAUAUGCGGAAUAAACAGUGUCAGCCGUGUUAUAUUGUCCAAUGCUGCUGCAGCUUUUGCUGGGAUGGUACUUGGAAUCUUAUUGGCAUCCAGUGAGUCUGAUGAGACUGCAACAAAGCCAACUAUUGGUAUUACUAUGUUUGGCGUUACAACACCAUGCGUAAAUGCUGUCAAGGAUAGACUGAACAAAGAAGGGUAUGAGACACUUGUAUUCCAUGCCACUGGUGUAGGAGGCAAAGCAAUGGAAGAACUAGUUAGGAGUGGUUUCAUACAGGGUGUACUGGAUGUAACGACAACAGAAGUUGCAGACCAUAUUGUAGGCGGUGUCAUGGCUUGUGAUGAGUCCAGGUUUGAUGCAAUUAUAGAUAAUAAGAUCCCUCUUGUUCUUAGUGUUGGAGCCUUGGAUAUGGUUAACUUUGGAGGUCGAGAUACAAUUCCUGCUGCUUUUGCAGACAGAAAGAUCCAUAUUCACAAUAAGCAGGUUUCAUUGAUGCGGACGACUGUGGAAGAGAACAAGAAAUUUGCUAAGUUCAUUGCUGAUAAGAUAAACAAAUCUUCUUCCAAAGUUACUGUUUGCCUUCCCCAGAAGGGCGUAUCUGCAAUUGACGCUCCAGGAAUGCCAUUCUAUGAUCCAGAAGCUACAUCGACACUAUUGGGUGAAUUAAACACCCUUAUACAGAUAAAUGACAUCCGAGAGGUGAAGCUGCUUCCUUAUCACAUAAAUGAUCCUGAAUUUGCAAAUGCAUUGGUAGAUGCAUUCUUAGGUAUGGAUGUAAAGGCCUCUAGUAAGGCCCAACCUCAGCAAGAUGGGAAGAAAAAAAAAUCCAGUUCAGGACAGAAAAGUUCAGAUAGUUCCAUUAUAUGGAGACCUCCUGUGGAUUUUCCAGAUGCGAAACCAGAAACAUUGCAGAAGACGAGGUCAAUACUAAAUAAACUAAAACAAUACAUCACUGAGGGCAUUCCAGUUAUCGGAGCUGGUGCUGGCACAGGCAUAUCUGCAAAGUUCGAAGAAGCUGGUGGGGUUGAUCUUAUAGUGGUGUACAACUCUGGGCGGUUUCGAAUGGCUGGAAGGGGCUCACUGGCGGGCCUCUUGCCAUUUGCUGAUGCAAAUGCCAUUGUACUUGAGAUGGCCAAUGAAGUAUUGCCUGUGGUUAAAGGAGUUCCAGUUCUUGCUGGGGUUUGUGCUACUGAUCCGUUCCGUAGAAUGGAAUACUUUCUCAAGCAACUAGAAAACAUUGGAUUUUGUGGUGUACAAAACUUCCCAACUGUUGGUCUGUUUGAUGGGAAUUUUAGACAGAACUUGGAGGAAACUGGAAUGGGCUACAGUCUGGAAGUGGACAUGAUCUCAAGGGCACAUAAUAUGGGUUUCCUUACUACUCCAUAUGCUUUCAAUCCAGAAGAAGCUGCUGCCAUGGCCAAGGUAGGAGCUCAUAUCAUAGUGGCACAUAUGGGUCUGACAACGGCUGGGUCUAUCGGGGCAAAGACAGCUGUCACUUUAGAUGACAGUGCUGUACGUGUUCAAGCCAUUGCCGAUGCAGCACUUAGGAUUAAUCCUGAUAUAAUUGUUCUCUGUCAUGGAGGUCCCAUUUCUGGCCCACAAGAAGCGAAGUUCAUCUUAAAAAAUACUAACAGUGUCCAUGGAUUCUAUGGUGCAUCAAGCAUGGAAAGAUUGCCAGUGGAGCAAGCUAUCACAAACACCAUGAGGCAAUACAAACGGAUUUCCUUAAAAUGAAAAUCGUCAUUUACAGGUGUGAUUUAUAGGAAUGUCCAUGACUGUUGUUGAUCUUUCGGUUCACUUGGCAGAUGUUUCUGCCAUUCAAUUUGCCUUGCUAUUUUAGCUUCUCUGAAAAGCUCGGCUUUUAUAACUAUGUUGUAUUCCUAUGUUGUACAUUAUAAAAGCUCGGCUUUUAUAACUAUUUACGGCUUUUAUAAAAGCUCGGCUUUUAUAACUAUGUUGUACAUUAUUUCCAAUGUACAGUUCUUGUUGGAACUUGACCAUGAAGGAUAAUGAAUAUUCCCUUUGCCUAA